AUGCUGAACGAAAAUAUAGCUAACGUAAAACUAUUCAUCCAAUCAUUAUCCAAUUCUAUUACAAAUUAUUCAACAUCAUUAACACCACUUCAAAAUAAAUCAUUAUCUGAUCUUCUAACAUCAUUAGAAACUUCUUCAGACUCAUCAACAAAUUCAUCAAUUAAAGAUCAACUUACGAUAUUAAAUAAUUAUGCAUAUGUUCUUAUAUCUACAUUAUUUGCCUAUUUGAAAUCAAUUGGAGUUGAAACCGAUAAUCAUCCAAUAAUGAAAGAAUUAUCACGUAUAAAAGAAUCAAUGAAAAGAUUGAAAAAUAUAGAUUUAGAUGAAUCUCAACAAAUUAAAUUAGAACAAGAGAAACAGAAACAAGAAGAAGAAAAGAAAAAGAAUUAUUUAAAUAAAGUUAUUGGUGUUAAAAGUAAUGGUUUGGGUAAUGCUACUGGUCCUGCUAUCAGUAAGAAGAAUUUCACUGGUGUUCAUACUAAAUUUGAUGAUGAACUGAUUGAAAAUCUGCCUGAUUUAUCAAGUGAAAGUGAUGCUAAAGGUGGCAUUUCAAGACAAGAUAAAAAGAACAAAUCCAAAAAGACCAAGUUAAAGAGUAAAUCAACAUCGUCUUCUUCAUCAUCAUCUAAAGUUACCAAACCAAAGAAGAAUACUAAGAAGUUGAAAUAA